GAUCGGGGUUUUGGAUACAGUCGCAUGCCGAGACCCAUUCUUCCUCCAGUGAGACACCACAGUAGCCAAGAUGACCUUCAUUGCUAAGACCUUCUAUGACCUGAGGGCCACUUCACUGGAAGGGGACUCUGUGGACUUCAACGUCUUCAGGGGGCGUGUUGUCCUCAUAGAGAAUGUAGCCUCACUCUGAGGUACCACCACCCGGGACUUCACCGAGCUCAAUCAGCUACAGAGCAAAUAUCCCCAUCGGCUGGUGGUCCUGGGCUUCCCUUGUAAUCAGUUUGGAUACCAAGAGAAUUGUACCAAUGGUGAGAUUCUAAAUUCACUGCAGCACGUGCGACCAGGUGGUGGCUUCCAGCCCAACUUCACCAUGUUUGAGAAGUGCGAAGUCAACGGAGCAAACACACAUCCAGUCUUUGCCUAUCUGAAAGACAAACUACCCUAUUCCAAAGAUGACCCCAGUUCCCUCAUUCAGGAUCCCAAAUUUCUGGUUUGGAGUCCAGUCAGCAGGGCAGAUGUCUCCUGGAACUUUGAGAAGUUCCUCAUCGGGCCCGAGGGAGAGCCCUUCAAGAGAUACAGCAAGAAUUUUCCAACUAUUGAUGUAGAGCCUGACAUCCAAAGGCUGCUAAGAUUAACAAAGACCUAAGAAUAGCAUCCACCUCCUAAUGGCUUUUCUGUCAUUACUGUCAAAGUUGACGUGCUGGCCUCCACACUUUUAAGUCUUAAUAAAUGAGGGUGAUAUUCUAAAGCAUUGACUGAAUAUCAUCUGAGGUCAUAUAAGUGCUUAAAAUAAGUGGAAGUUCUUAUUUUUAUUUAGCAAAUAAUAGAAGUAUUUUUAAUUAAUGGAAAAACAUGACAAUGGAUUCUUUUUAUUUGUCUUACGUUUGUUCUACCAGCAGAUGGUGCUACCUAACUAAUCAUGCAAAUGAAAACUCCAGUCAUGCUGUGAUGCAUUAGUAUUUAAAGCACAAACAAAAUGUUUGCAAUGAAAUAAAAUCUUGAAAACCA